UUUGUUACUUGGCAUCUAAAACAAAAUAUAAGCCUACAAUUAGAUAAUAUUUUAGAACACUCCUGUCUUCACUGGACCUCUCUGAAAAUGCAUAAAAGAACAACUCAGAAAAUGGACAAAGCGGGACAAAUGAGGACUGAUAAUAUCUAUGAAAAUGCUGAUGCUAUAAGAGGUGAAAUCACAAUGGAGAUAGAAGACUUGAAUACAACAAGAAUCCAGCCACCUCAACAAACAGUAAGCGAUUGUGUGAAGAUCAGAAACUACAGAGCAGCUGUAGUGUGUUUGGUGCUGCUGUGCGUUCUUCUGCUGACUGCAGUCAUAGUGCUGUGUUUCACCUUCACUCAAGAGAUAUCCAAGAAUGAAAACCUGACCAAUGUGAGAAACCAGCUAAUACUCAAAAACACAAACUUGACCAAUGAGAGAGACCAGCUAAUACUCAAGAACACAAACCUGACCAGUGAGAGAGACCAGCUAAUACUUAAAAACACAAACCUGACCAAUGAGAGAGACCAGCUAAUACUCAAGAGCACAAACCUGACCAAUGAAAGAGACCAGCUAUUACUUAAAAACACAAACCUGACCAAUGAGAGAGAGCAGCUAUUACUCAAGAACACAAACCUGACCAGUGAGAGAGACCAGCUAAUACUUAAAAACACAAACCUGACCAAUCAGAGAGACCAGCUAAUACUCAAGAGCACAAACCUGACCAAUGACAGAGACCAGUUAAUACUCAGGAGCACAAACCUGACCAAUGAGAGAAACCAGCUAUUACCCAAGAACACAAACCUGACCAGUGAGAGAGACCAGCUAAUACUCAAGAGCACAAACCUGACCAAUGAAAGAAACCAGCUAAAACAGGAGAACAAUGAUCUUCAAAGGCGUCUUGGUAAAGUGGAUGGUUGGAUUUACCAUCAAUGCAGUUACUACUACAUAUCCAAUGAGACAAAGAACUGGUAUGACAACAGAAGAUACUGUACAGAGAGAGGAGCAGAUCUGAUCAUAAUAAACAACCUAGAGGAACAAGAAUUUGUUAGGAACAUUUCUGGUUAUGUGGAUGUCUGGAUUGGUCUGACUAACAGUAAUUUGGAGGGCAGAUGGAAAUGGGUUGAUAACAGCACACUGACCUCUGGGUUCUGGGGGUAUGGAAAGCCCUAUAGUUACUAUGAAGACUGUGCUGUAAGUUAUAUCUCAUGGUGGCAUGCUUAUUCAUGUAACAGUGCUCUUAAAUGGAUCUGUGAGACUUAAAUGGAUUUUCCACGCUGUACUGUCCUAGGAGC